AUGCGGCUGCCUGAACAACCUGGAGAGGGGAAGCCUGACAAUGAGGAAAAGGGGGACCGAGGAGACCCCCGAGGGGGCGAGGAGCUACCGCCGAGCCAGGCCCCCAACUUCCCCACUUGGCAAAAGAUGCCGUUCCACCAUGUGACCGCCGGCCUGUUGUACAAGGGGAAUUACCUCAACCGCUCUCUAUCUGCCGGCAGCGACAGCGAGCAGCUUGCAAACAUCUCUGUGGAGGAAUUGGACGAAAUCCGUGAGGCCUUUCGCGUUCUGGACCGAGAUGGGAAUGGCUUCAUCUCUAAGCAGGAGCUGGGCAUGGCCAUGCGCUCACUGGGGUACAUGCCGAGUGAGGUGGAGCUGGCGAUCAUUAUGCAACGCCUGGAUAUGGACGGGGAUGGCCAGGUGGAUUUCGAUGAGUUCAUGACCAUUCUUGGCCCCAAGCUGGUGUCUUCAGAAGGGCGCGAUGGUUUUCUUGGGAACACAAUCGAUAGUAUAUUCUGGCAGUUUGAUAUGCAGAGGAUAACUCUCGAAGAACUGAAGCACAUUCUCUACCACGCCUUCCGAGACCACUUAACAAUGAAAGACAUCGAGAACAUCAUCAUCAAUGAGGAGGAGAGCCUGAAUGAGACCUCGGGGAACUGUCAGACAGAGUUUGAAGGAGUGCACUCGCAGAAACAGAACAGGCAGACCUGCGUGCGGAAGAGUCUCAUAUGCGCCUUCGCCAUGGCCUUCAUCAUCAGUGUCAUGUUGAUUGCGGCCAAUCAGAUCCUUCGGAGCGGCAUGGAGUAG